AAAAAAAUAAAAAUAUUUUUAUUUUCUAAAUUUUUCUAAAAAGAGAACUCAAUUUUUUGAUUGAUUUAUAAUUUUUGUUAUCUUUUCCUUGAACUUUUGACAUUGGUUUUUAAAGUUUAUUUAGAUUAUAAAAAUAUCACUACACUUGCAGUUUUUAAAAUCGCUAUCGAUCAAUAUUGAGUUAUUUUGCAUUAUAUUUUUUCUCAGUUCUAGCCACUGUUUACAUUAUAUAAUUAAGAAUAUAAUAUUCCAAGAGUAUAAUAAAGGUAUUCUAACAGAUGGCUUUAACAGAAAUUUCCGCAAACAAGAUUUUUGGGGGUCUUCAAAAAGUCUUCAGUCAUGAAUCGAAAACUUUGGGUUGUACAAUGAAAUUUGGAGCAUACAUACCGUCUCAGGCCAGCGAAAAACAAUUACCAGUAAUCUAUUGGCUCUCCGGUUUAACCUGUUCAGAAAGUAACUUUAUUGAAAAAGCAGGUGCUCAGAGAUACGCUGCUGAACAAGAGGUAAUAAUUAUCAACCCUGAUACAUCUCCGAAAGGUUUGAAUAUCCCUGGGGACUCAGAAUCGUGGGAUUUCGGAGUAGGUGCAGGUUUUUAUUUGAACGCCACACAAGACCCAUGGAAAAAUAACUAUAAAAUGUAUGACUACAUCGUUAGUGAGCUUAUAGAUUUAGUAAAUAAAAAUUUUAAUGUUUUACCAGCGCAACAAUCUAUUAUGGGUCAUAGCAUGGGAGGUCAUGGAGCACUGAUCUUGGCUCUAAAAAAUCCAGGACUUUUCAAAUCUGUAUCUGCUUUUGCUCCCAUCUGUAAUCCAAGCGUAUGUCCAUGGGGAAUAAAAGCUUUUACAGGGUACUUAGGUCCUAAAGAAACUGGUAAUUGGGAACAAUGGGACGCCACUGAAUUGGUGAAGAAGUACAAUAGGCCUCCUUUGGAACUUUUUAUCGACCAGGGUACUUCCGAUCAAUUUUUAUUUCAACUCAAUCCAGAAAACCUAGUUGAAGCUUCUAAAUCAUCUGGAGUUCCUGUUAUUUAUAAACAAAGGGAUGGGUACAACCACAGUUACUUUUAUAUUGCCUCAUUUAUAGGUGAGCACAUUAAAUACCAUAAAAAGUAUUUAGUUUAAGCUGUUCCGUAUAAUAUGAAGAAAAAUUAAAAUAAAAGUUUUGAUAAAUAUUAAAAA